CGAGCUGGUCGCCAUCGGCAGGCAGUGGAUGUCCACCACCAGACCCAAGGAACCUCAAGCAAGCAGCAAGCUUUGACUCUGAACUUAACCAGGAGGAACACGAAGAGGCAGGUCACAAGGCGUGAUCGGCCAAGCGAGCAGAGCCAGGGGCAUGGAUGGCGAGUCGCCGGCGUCGCUGCGGCCGGCCGCCCUCGCGAGGAGGUGGCUGGAGAACCCCUGCGACUCCCUGGCCAGGGGCAGAGAGCACGCCUGCGGCGACGCGUUCAACACGGUGGUGAUGCCCGGGUUCCGCGUCUCCGUCGCCGAGCCCGGCCGCCUCGUCUGCUCCUUCCGCGUCCCCGCCACCGUCGCCGACGCGGACGGGAGGUGGCACGCCGGGGCGAUCUCGGCGGCGGUGGACAACAUAUGCGCGGCGGUGGUCUACACGGUGGACGGCGCGCACAAGUUCACCGUCAACCACGCCAUAUCCUUCUUCUCGCCGGCCACGCACGGCGAGGAGGUGGAGAUGGACGCGCGGGUGGCGCACCGGAAGGGGAAGCUGAUGGCCGCCGUGGUGGAGGUGCGGAGGAAGGCGUCCGGCGAGCUGGUGGCGGUGGUGAGGCAGUGGAUGACCUCUACUCAGGCAAGGUCGGAGAAGAGCGGCGAUAGCAGGAGCAAACUCUGAAAUGAGGGGUUUUUUUUAUCGAAUUUUAAUAUAAAUUUUUGAUAUUUCAAGCUGCAAUAUAAGUAUGGUACCUUGAGAUGGAUAAAAAAACUCAUGAAAUGAAAAUCCUCCAAAAAAAAUAGAGAAAUUUUACCAUCCAACAUAUUAGGACGGUACCGCUCGGUACCAUCUCCUGGCCAUUGGAUCGUAAGGAUCGAACGGCUAGUAAUACAUGGUACCGGCGACCUGAUAGCACGAUACUGCUGUUGUGAGAGGGCCGGAA